CUCGUCAAUACAACGUCUGCUAAGAGCCGCAGCUCACGAUUGUCUCGUGCUACAUCUCGUGGAUCAUUAACAACUCUAUAUUCAUCAUGAGUCGCAGUGGUCGUGGUGGCACUUCCUUCAUGUCCGAAGGCAGCAAGAAACAGGAUGAAGUCGUCGUCAAGAACGUCGACAUGGCAGAAGACUUGCAGGAAGAUGCCAUUCAGGCAGCCCAGGACGCCAUGACAAAGAGUACCGUCGAGAAGGACGUCGCCGCUGCCAUCAAGAAGAGGUUCGACGAGGAACAUGAACCGACUUGGCAUUGCAUCGUCGGCCGCAACUUCGGCAGCUACGUGACGCACGAGUCUAAGCACUUCAUCUAUUUCUACAUCGGCCAAAAAGCGUUUCUGCUCUUCAAAUCUGGAUAGAAAUCAAACCCUGAUCUUCAAGACUACGUUUUACAGACUCCUUAUUAUCAUCGAAAUGUAGAUAGAGCUGAGAAUCAUCGGGAAGUUCAACGUCCAAUGCGACAUCGAUGUCAACAUGGUUCUUAAUGUCGGCACACGGUCAUCGGAGCUUCAGUUGCAGACCAAUUCAGAAUCGACCCAGUGAUGGUUAGAUCAAACUAGUCAUUAUAGCUGUAAAUCGUUUUUCAGUACUAACUUUCAGUCAUUUCUAUCAAAUUUUUCGAACCAUUGUCCAAAAAGACGACAUUACCAAAGAUUUAAUACUUUUUUCUCUUCGGAAUGUAAAAGUAAUAUGUUUCCUUUUAACUCCAGAGUUAAUAAUAGUAAUCUGAUGGCGGUGUUAUACGAUCUCCUUUAGUCUUCAAGCACUUUUUUCAUUCGUUAUAUUGUACUAGAUCAUUAUAAUAGCUAAAUAUAUAUAUUGUUGAGGCUGUAUGAUCCGGCAUAGAAGUUUAAUAAUUAUUUAAAGAAGUAUAUCUCAUGGUGCUCUUUUAUUUAUUUUUCCUAAAGCAGUGCAGAAGAGGAAAUUCACAAAUAUAUACAUAUUUCAAAAAGAUAUCGUCGAAAUAGUUCUAUCGAAGGUCUACAUAAUUAGUAACCACAUCUGUAAAGUAGAUAUGUUCACGGCCAUGAUGAGUGAGUCUACACUUAAGAUGAAUAUAAUGGUGAAUCGAUGAGUUUGACGUAUUAUAAUAGCUAUUACAUGUACUAUAAUUAUCACAAUAUCUAUCAUUAUUAUUGUUAUUAUUAUUUUUAUUGUCAUU